AUGGCGUCCCGGCUGGUCCUCUUCUCCCUUGCCGCACUGGCUGCCGCGAACCCCAUCAACCCAGAUGGCUACGAGCGGCCGGCCCGCCGACACGUCGGAGGCAUUGGUCAUCUCGCCCGCGCCGUCAUGGCGCCUCAACAACCCCGCGGUGCGCCCGUCGAAGGUCCCGCUAGAGUCGAGAUCAGAUAUGCCAACCCGGGUGACAAUGGAACUUGCGAGGACACUCCAGACGUUGGAUCGAGCGCCGAGAAGGCAAAGGAUAAGAGCAAGGAUAAGAGUAAGGACAAGAACAAGGACAAGAGCAAGGACAAAAACAAGGAUAAGAAGAAGGGCGGCAGCGGCUCCGGAUCUGGAUCCGGCUCAGGCUCAGGCUCUGGUUCGGGCUCGGGCUCGGGCUCUGGUUCUGGUUCAGGUUCAGGUUCUGGUUCCGGAUCUGGUGGCUCGGGAACUGGCAGCUCCGGUGGCGGUGGUAGCACCGGAGGCGGCAGCUCAGCCAACAACGGCACUCUCCCCGGUGGUGGCGGUGGUUCCGGCGGCAGCGGCAGCAGUGGCAGCAUCGUAAAGACCUUCCCGACACCCGCCGGCACAGAGAAUCUCUCCGCGGCGAAGACUAUUUCCGGCAACUUUGACGGCGGCAUGAAGCUCUAUGACCGUGUCCCUAGCACAUGCACGGGCAGCGAGGGCGGACAAAAGGACGCUGCCUUCAUCUUGGCCGACGGCGCCACGCUCAGCAACGUCAUCAUCGGAGCCGGUGCUGGAGAGGGUAUUCAGUGCCAGGGCAGCUGCAACCUCGUCAAUGUCUGGUGGGACAAGGUCUGCGAAGACGGCGCCACCUUCCGCCAGACCAGCGGCACCUCCACGGUCAAGGGCGGCGGCGCUCGCGACGCUCCCGAUAAGCUGUUCCAGCACAACGGCGGCGGCACGGUCGAGGUCUCUGACUUUUACGCAAAGAACGUCGGCCAGUUCUGGCGCUCGUGCGGUAACUGCAAGCAGCAGACUGCUCGCACUGCGGUCUUCAACAACAUCUACGUCGACGGCGGCAAGACUGUGGCUCACUACAACGGCAACCUCGGCGACAAGGUUACCAUUAACGGCGCUUGCGUCAUUGGCGGUGCCACGGUGUGCAAGAACUCAAAGGGCGUCACUGGCGGUGGCGAGCCUGGUAAUGCGGCUGAUGAUCCGAAGAUCUGCGUGCAGACUGAUGUCAAGACGUCUGGCUGCUAA